GGAUCUGUGCCCGCUUGCUAAAGAAGGGGUUUUAGGGUUUCACAGCUCUCUGCAGUUUCGUCGCCGAUCUCGUCGUCUCCACACACAAAGAUGAAGCUCGUCAGGUUUUUGAUGAAGCUGAACAAUGAAACUGUAUCGAUCGAGCUGAAGAACGGGACCGUGGUCCAUGGAACCAUCACUGGUGUUGAUGUGAGCAUGAACACUCACUUGAAGACUGUUAAAAUGACUCUCAAGGGGAAGAAUCCAGUGACAAUGGAUCAUCUAAGCUUGAGGGGUAACAAUAUCCGUUACUACAUUCUUCCUGAUAGCUUGAACUUGGAGACUUUACUUGUGGAAGACACUCCUCGAGUUAAACCUAAGAAGCCUGUUGCUGGGAAGCCUGUUGGACGAGGGCGUGGACGUGGUGGUCGUGGGCGUGGUGGUGCUGGUCGUGGCAGAGGUCGUUAAAUGCAGCAGUGCACUGGAAAAAGUUAAGGCGAGUGAGUUGAGUUUGUAGGAAGUGGAAACCCUUUGGUGUCUUGGAGAUUGUACUGAAUUUCUGUAUUUAGCAACUCUUUGCAAAGGAUUAAGAGGUUCCUGUGUGAUGCGACUCUAUGGAUUAAGAAGAUUUAGCUUUUCAUUUCCUAUGAAGUAUCUACAAGUGUAGAAUUACGUGGUUUGGAGUACAAGUGUUAUUAUGCAUGUGACAAAUCUGUCUAUCAAAAUACAUUAACAUGUUAGGAAAGGUGUGCUGCUUCCGUUAUAGUCUUCGCAUGAACCUGCAAUUGGGUUCGUGGUUAUGUACUCGUAGGGAUCAAACUGGUGGGUAAAGGAAUAGUGGUUCCCCAAUAUAACCUCAAUCUGCUUCCUGUGAUCUCCCUUUAUACAAC